UGCUUUCGGGCCUUUUCAGGACGCUCUCCCUUCUCAAGCUCCGCAGUUCACACUUUCCGCACUUCACUUCUCAGCAUCUGAUCUUCAGCUUCGGCUCCCUCUCUCACUUCCUGCUGGGCUAGGCCAGAUCUUCUCUCGCUUCUAGAGAGAGAGAGAGAGAGAGAGAGAUGGGGGAAGCGAGGGGCAACUCUCUGGUGUACCUUCUGCUGAUAGUUCUUGGCCUGGUUGCCUUCGGGUUCGCCAUUGCGGCCGAGAGACGGAGAAGCACUGGAAAGAUAUUUGAGGAUGAGCGAAUGAAUGCCACAUAUUGUGUGUACAACUCUGAUGUUGCUACUGGCUAUGGGGUCGGCGGUUUCUUGUUUCUUUUAACAAGCGAAUCUCUGCUGAUGGGCGUGACAAAGUGCAUGUGUUUUGGAAGACCCUUAAACCCAGGAGAGCAUCGUGCGUGGUCCAUCAUAUAUUUUGUUUCUUCAUGGGUAACAUUUCUCGUAGCAGAAGCAUGCUUGAUUGCAGGGGCAACUAAAAAUGCCUAUCACACCAAGUACCGGGGGGUGAUAUAUGCCCAGAAUGUCUCCUGCGAGGCAUUGAGGAAAGGCGUCUUCAUUGCUGGAGCUGUGUUUGUAGUAGUGUCGAUGAUUCUCAAUAUUUAUUACUACAUGUACUUCACCAAGGCCGUUACGACUCCGCCAAGCCACAAAGCGAAGCGCACGAGCUCUGAUAUAGGAAUGGCUGGCUACGCAUGACUUCUCCGACUCAAAAGAAAUUAUCUAGUUUUUAGAUUUUGCUUCCUUGAUGUGAGUAAUGCCUCUGGGAUUGUUCCAUCUCAAAUGUAUUGACCGAUAUUGCUUCUCUAUUAUACUGGUAUGUCCAAAAAGAGCCUGCUCUUUUCAAUCGUACUCAGGAAAUUCUGUUAACUUGCUUUGUUUAUUAAAAAAGAGAACACUAGUGAGCAAAAA